CUUUUCAAAAUAAUUGCUAUUAAAAACUCCAAUGACACCAAACAGACACUAAUUCCAAUUAAUCCUAAUUUUCUCUGGAAGUUGCUUUCAAACUAAUUAUUCAUAAAAACAUUAAAGAUUCCAAAUUUAAAGAUCACUUAAAGUAAAAAUAAUUAAAAAUAAAUGUUAGUAUUCACUUGAAUAAAACUAAAUUGUAAUAAUCUUCAUCUAAUAAAAUAGCCCUUUAGGCAAACCAGUAGCCAAAGAUAAUAACAUAUGAGGAGCCGAAGUCACAGGCAUCGUGGCACGGAACUACAGCCAUGGGCACACAGGGGGUGUGUCCAGCGUCCAGGAGGCAAGCCAUGCAGCGUCGCGGAGUGUGAACGCGAACACGAGCAUGGGGCCAAGCUGAAGCGCAAGCGGAAGCAUGGACGUGGUCAUGCAGGACGCGAGUGUCGGUGUCACGACACGGGGUUGCGAUUACGGCACAUACGAAUUCGAGGACGCAGGAGCAAGGUGGAUCGUUCUAGACGCAGCGGGCCUUGCCAGCGAAAGCGUCAAUACAAGGGCCGUGGCGUGAAGUUGUGGAUAGGACGUCUGGGUCGAGACGUUGGCACGCGCGAGCGUAAGCACGGGCGCGGGCGCAAGCGCAACAUGGAAUGCUCAAGAGGUGAGCCUUGCACGAGUUGGCAGCGUCCAUGCCAAGGCCGUGGCACGUGGUCGCGGUCGAGCCAUGCUGGAACGCGCAGGAGCGGUCGAGGGCGUCCACAGUGCAUGCCAUGCCAGCAGCAGAUAGGAGAAGCCCAGAAAAUUCCAGAAGCUGCUGGGUGCACAGUGAUGGUUCCAGAUAGAGGUCUAGAUAAGGACGUGAACAAUGCUCCGGAUAAGCGCAUGAACAGUACCAGAUAAAGGGUCUGGAUGGGCUUAAUGGGCCAAACCCAACCUGGGGUUUCUCCUAGGGCCUUGUAGAUAAUUCUAGAAUAAGGGAUUCUAGAAUAAUGUAGGCUUAGGAGGGAGAAUGGAGAAUCUUCUAGAAAUUGUAAAUAUGAGGGAUUUGUGCGGAGUGUUCUAGAGGCUUACCUGCAGAGGGCUCUUGGGCCUGACCUCUUCUAUAAAUAGGGGUGGCUUGA